AUGUCCGAAAGGUACAAAAGCCUGAGUGAACUAACAAUUCCACUACCCCCAAACCCCCAUCCAUCACCGGUGGACUGGCGUCAAGAAGUCAUCUAUUUCUUGCUACCAGACCGUUUCAAUGAUGGGAAAGUGGAAAGCGACAACCGAACCGCUCUUGGAGAUGAAAACGACCCACCCACAUAUGUAUGGCCAAAUUCAUGGCACGAUUGGGCUGCAUCCGGUAGCGGACGCUGGCAAGGGGGCACGCUCAAAGGGGUUGAAUUGAAACUGGAUUAUCUUUCGGACCUAGGAGUGACCACUAUCUGGCUUGGACCUGUCUUCAAGCAGCGCGGCCACCUGAAUACGUACCACGGAUAUGGCAUCCAGGACUUUCUCGAAGUGGAUUCUCACCUUGGUACACGACGGAAUCUGAUUGACCUCGUAAAAAAGGCGCACGAAAACAACAUAAGGGUUAUUCUUGAUGUUGUCUUCAACCAUUCGGGCUGGAACUGGAACUAUGACAACGUAGAUCACGGGGACGACAAGUCGAGACCGCGAUAUAAGUCAUGGCCAGAGUACUAUCCAGACAUCUACUGGUUGGAUGAGAAUGGUAGCAGGCUUUACCAAAAUCCCUCAGAUUCAGAUCAAGGGGUAUGGCCUAGGGAACUGCAAGCCCCCGAUGCCUAUACCCGCGCAGGCAAAGGAGAGCUAUCCGGAGAAAAGCUUGAUGAUGUUCAUGCGGAAUUCCGACGGACAGACUUCGACGGCGAGAUGCGAGAUUUCAACUUCGACCGUGGAGCCACCCUUACAGAUUUAGCUCGUUGCUACAAAUACUGGAUUGCACUUACAGACUGUGAUGGUUUCCGGCUUGACACCCUGAAGCAUGUCGAUACAGGAAUAGCUCGUUUGUUCUGCGGGGUACUGAAAGAGUUCGCCUCGAAUCUAGGCAAAACAAACUUCUUUCUCGUUGGCGAAGUUGGUGGGGAGGACAUAAAUGCGCAAAAGUAUCGCAAUGUCCUGAAGUCCAACAUGAACGCCACCCUUGAUAUCGGAGGAAGCCGCCUUGCUCUCACGAACGUUGCGAAGGGUCUUGCACCUGCCGCUACCUACUUCGACAUGGUGACGGCCUGGGACGACCAGCUAGGGUCACACCGUGAUGCAGGAUUACACCACGUGGUAGUACUCGAUGAUCACGACCACGUUUUUGGUCAGAAAAUCCGGUUCUCUGCAGAAGCGUCAUCAAGAGUACAGGUCGUUUGUGGGGUUGCAAUACAGCUUUUCAGCCUGGGCAUACCGUGCAUCUACUACGGGACGGAGCAAUCAUUUGCGGGGCCACCCAAAAGUCAACGCCAAUAUCUUCCAGACUAUGGAGGGUCGGAUCGGUACCUUCGUGAGACUAUGUUCGGCGCACCAUACUCCCGGAAAAGCGGCAGGACGGGAUUAGGAAGAGAAAGUGGUGGGCUGGAUACAGGCGAUUCGCCAGGCUUCGCCGCCUUUGGUGCUAUUGGACGACACUGCUUCCGUACGAACUUCGAAACAUUCACUCUGAUUAAACAUCUCAUUGCAGUCCGCCAAAGCAACCCUGUCCUACGAUUUGGCCGCCAAUACCACCGAGAGAUCAAGAUGACUGGCUGGUCCACGUUUUCCUGGCCCAAAGGCGGUGACAUUUUCGCAUGGUCCCGUAUCCUCGACGAGGAAGAGGCAGUUGUUGUGAUUAAUGGACAUGGUGAGCGGGGAUCAAGCGCGUUGGUGACUGUCGAUCAGGCCAUCAACGGGGGAAGCGGAGCUAAGAUGCGAGUUAUUGGAAGCACUGUCGGCAAUUAUAUCGUGAAUGACAGAUUGCAGGUCAAUUCAGACCACACGGGGCGCACAUACAUUGAGUUGAAUGAUGUUCCAGCGAGUGGGGUAGUGGUCCUCUCUAGUCGUCGAUAA